CGGUUUCUCUUUCUCCUCCCGAAAUCUUCCCCCCGCAUCCCUUCACGAGAUCCUCCUCCUCGAUGCCGCCGAGGAGGCGGCGGCGAGCGCCCCCCACCGAACCGCAGCCGGAGGAGCCUCCAGACGCCGACGCGUCGUUGGAGGAGCGGCUGGCAUGGGAAAGCCACCAAGAAAGUGAACGCCAAAUUAUUGCCAUCAAAGCGAUCAAAGAAGCAGAAGCUGGGGACAUACGUUCUCGGUUGCAAUUGGUGCGGUCCUACUUAUCCAAGGAGCAGCUAGAGGCAAAUGCCUUGGAAUAUUUUCAGGAGAACUUGCCCAAUCUAUCAGUUGUCCCUAAUGAAAAAUAUGAUGUGCUUGAGCUGAAAUGGAAUGAUGGAGAAAGAUGCAUAAUUGGAGAAUUUGUAGAUGACAAGAUUCUGCAAGCCUCGAUUGCAUCAUUGCCAACUGCUGGUGGCCUUCAGUUCCCAGGAGUUUCAGUUGGAAAGGACUUCUAUAAGCACACUAGCAGUUUCAGUGAUUUUUCUUGGAGUGAGCUACCUGAAGGCCAAAUGGCAGGAGCAGGAGAUGCUUUUCAGACACCUGAGGUCGUGAGUAACCAGCUGUCCUUGGGCAUGACACCAAAAACCGUAAGGUUACCCAAGAAUGGUGAGAUGCUCCUAUCUGUGCAUGGUUCACCUCUUGGGGUCUACAAAGAAGAAAAUUUAGAAGCUAUUCAGGAAUUUGGUAAUGGAACUGAAGACGCUCCCAGCUAAUGCGCUAGGAUGUUACCAGCCCUCGAGUCCUUGACAAUAACCUAAGUGCUGCUAAUCAAGAGUUUGACUCUGCACUCUGUUAACUAAUCCUGUUGUGCUGCCAACGGGUGGCUAGUAAAAUGGACUACAGCUGACACUGACAAUUCAAGUAUCGUGAAUCACUCGGUCUUGAAUGUUUAUACAGGCAGGAAUUGAUGUGGGGUUCAAUCCGUUCUUUUUUCAGUUCCUUUCUUCAUCUUUCCUUGAAUCUUUACGAAACAGGGUGCCAACUGCCAACUCCUUUUUUGUGCAGAAGAUAAACUGGGAAAGAGCCCUGGCUUUAUUUUAUUUAGGUAACUCCGUAAAUUUGAUGAAUCAUGUUUUAGGGUGCCAUCUUUAUUCAGCUGAAACGGUGUAUCAAGGGCUUGGGCACUGUUCGUCAAAAAAAUCAGUUGAGCAAGAGUUGCUCCGUGCAGAUCUAGCCGUUGAGUCACAAGUGUAUAUGUUUGCUGGAUGUAGAAAACCUUCAGAUGUUCCACGGCCCGUGGCCCCGUGCAACCUCUUGCUCCACGCAUGGCUGGAAGCCUGAGAUAAUUCAUCGUGUGUGAAGAAAACCCUGUCACAAGACGAGGAGAGCUCUGUUGGUGCUGUACUGACCUCCCAUUCUCAUCCAGGACGGCACCGAAUGGAAGAUUAGAAGCUGACAAGCUGUCAUGCAGAACUGUGAUGUUUCGUUUUACACACGGUUGCAUCCUGUGUGUAAUUGUGAGAUGAUAAAAGUGAAACUGUCACUCUUCGACUCUACGUA